ACAAACCCUAUACAAACGCAAUCUUUUGUCAUAUUUUUAUUGUUUCGGAGUACAGAUUCGAGUCGGAAACAGAGGGAAAUUUAUUGAAUUGGUUGUGCAUUACUGUUGGGUCGAUUGUUUCCUGUAAUCAUAAACAUAAACAUUGUUAUCAGGAUGAAUCCUCCGGGGGUAGUAAACUAUGCGAUAAUUCGGGAUGAACCACCACGUUACGGACCCAAAAACGCCGAUUUACCAAUGUUCGGGACAAUGAUUCACCUGAGAAACCGUAAUAUAAGACACUCCACUAAGCAAUUCACCGCUAUAGUUAAAAAUAGGGUGGAUGAAUUCAUGGAUCGAUAUGCAGCGGAUAUACAACCUGAUAUAAAUCCGAGAACACCGAAACGCAAGAAAAGACCGUAUUUUCGUCGUACAGCUUUUUGGAAGGGCAUUGUGAUGUUCGAUAACUGGGAACAUGCUAAUGAAUUCGUCUCAACACAAUUCGCAGAAUUUCGUGCAUUUAUUCCUAUAAUAUUCGUCGCCGUUGCAGGUACAGUCGAAAUUUGCAAAGUUUCCAAUACCGAAUCCCUGAAAAUUAUUACGCACCAUGAAAUACUACGCAAACAAGAAAAGUUAAUUUCUGAGAACAAAUCACAGAUUCUCUUCUUCAUACGAGGUACGGUACUACCAGAAACAUUGAAUAUUAAUGAUAAAGAUCUGGUUCUUAAGCCGCUAAUACGAAGUCCUAUUCGUUGUUCAAACUGCUUACGAUACGGCCAUCGUUUGAGCAACUGUAUGCGUAAAUCACGUUGCGGAAUUUGCAGCAAAAAUACACCAUUUAAUUGGCAUAGAGAAACGGCGUGUCCGGUUGUCCAGAGCGGUGAAACCGUCAAACAGUGCCUUUUUUGUACACAAAAUCAUACCAUCGGUUCCGAACAUUGCAAUGAACAUUUUCAGCAGUGUAUUCUUAAAAGGAAUUUAGUCAACCAACACAUGGACUUCGUUAAUCUGUUAAUACACGAUGUUAUCCCAAGUAUACGAGCUACCAAUGUCAAUUCGUCAUUUGACUAUUUGUCGGAUAAUGAAAAGUAUGUUAAAACUUGAGCUAUGUAUUACGAUGAAGAAAAACGAUGUUAUAAAUCCAUUAAAGUAUCAAAUAUAUUUAA